AUGACCCAUCACAAAGGAGUGAACCUGAGGGACGUCAAGGUAAAUGACACACAGGAGUUCAUUCAGGUGAGACCCUACCAGGAAGGCAGCCUGGAAGACCUGUGGCAGGUCAGGAGCAGCUGUGAAUCGGGUCGCAUUGUGGCUCUGAAAUGCUCAGAGUGUGGGCUCCUCCCCAGGGCUGUGCGGGUGGUCGGGGGGACGGAGGUGUCCCCGGGGCGCUGGCCCUGGCAGGUCAGCCUGUACCACGGCUCCCAGCACCACUGCGGAGGCUCCGUGCUGGCACGGGAAUGGAUCGUCACAGCGGCUCACUGUGUGCACAGGCGGCUCCAAGCCUCUGCCUGGCUGGUUUUUGCCGGUGUUACCACCCAUGGAUCAAUGAAGCAGGAGGCCGGGGUAUCAGUAAAGAAAAUAAUUUACCACCCGCUUUAUAAUGACAGCAGCCUAGACUACGACAUUGCUGUGAUGAAGCUCCAAGUCCCCCUGAAUUUCUCCGAUGCCAUCCGUGCCGUGUGUCUGCCACCCCCCCACCAGGACCUCUUCCAGGGCACCCAGUGCUGGGUGUCUGGCUGGGGCUAUACCAGACCAGACCAAGGGCAGGUUGCCGAGACGCUGAACGAAGCUCCCGUUCCUCUGAUCGGCACCAAGAGGUGCAACAGCUCGUGUGUGUACGGGGGUGAGCUCACUGCCAGGAUGCUGUGCGCUGGCUACCUGCCUGGGAAAAUAGACGCGUGCCAGGGCGACAGUGGGGGCCCCCUGGUCUGCCAGGACAGAUUCGCCUGGCGCUUAGUGGGCAUCGUGAGCUGGGGCCGGGGCUGUGCUGAGCCCAACCACCCCGGGGUUUAUACCAACGUGGCUCAGCUGCUGCCCUGGAUUUACCGUGUCACGGAGAUCUACUAGAACUAAGGCCCGGGAGCAACACUUUCCCUUUCUGCAUAGUAAGUGGAGAACGGUCCAGGACUAAUUCCUACCGUGUCACUAGAACCCUCACAGAAUCCCC